ACUUGGUACACAGAACAGGCAGCAGCCAGACUUUAAAACACGAGCUACAGCUCAACCAGACGAGACGGCCGCGCUGCUUCAAACUUUAAACUAUCAAAUUAGGUGACCACCAUGCUCUGCUCAGGUGAAGUGUCGUCAACAUAGGCUGCUAUAAUUGCUCGCAAUUCUGGAGAAAAUGCAGAAAGAAAGAGGAAUGCGACUGGAUGAGUACAACAGGCAGACCGAACCUCAGUUUCACUAAAGGUGCGCAAUUCAACCGACUGAGAACCUCACGGAGUGGCUGAUGUGCGGGUGUCCUGAGCAGGGUGGAGGAAGACGAUAGUAGACUGGAGGUGGGACUACACAGGGUCCAGUAGUCAUGAGGCGCGGUGUCCAUAAACCACCAGAGCCGGACGAUCCGCUCUGCUGUUGCGAGUAUGUGGACAGGAAGGGGGGGCGGAGCCACGUGGCGGCAUGCUGCUGCGACUGCCAGGAGCUGGAUGAGGCCUGCGACAGGUGGCUAAAGCGCGAGCCUCAGCAGGAGGGCUCCUUAUCGCGCGUGGCCGACACCGUAGCGGACCGUCUGCGCGUGCCGUGGUUGCGGGGGGGCGCGAGGCGUGUGGACCUGUCUCUCCUGCCACCGCUGGUGCUGCUCCCCGUCCUGCUGCGCAUCGCCGCACUGCACGUCUUCCUGGGAGUCGUGGUCCUGACGACGCUUCCCGGCCUGGUGCUGUGGUACUACUACUUCACGCACCGCAAGAAGGGCCGCACGCUCUUCUUCCUCAGCCUCGCUCUCUUCUCAUUGGCUUACAUGUACUUCCUGUUUGUCACCGAGAUCGUCCCACGCGGUGACGUCACCCCCCCACAGGUGGUUGUCGUGACGACGGGGGUGGUCCUCACGCUGGUCGCGCUGGUGAACACCAAGAGGGGGCCGGGCUACGUGAGGCCGUGCCCCUCCGACACGCACAGCACUGUGACUUAUCAUAGCACGCUUCCCGAGAAAGAUUCCGCCCACUUGAACGGAGCGAGGCACCAGGUCGUCAUAGCCAAUCGCGGGGCAGCGUUGGAGCCCUCGGCGACCAAUGGAGUGGUGGCAGAGGCGUGCUCUGGGGUGACGGACAGCAGGAAGAAGCAAUGGUGUUCCUGGUGUAAACUGCUCCGGCCCCUGAGGGCGGGCCACUGCCGCAUCUGUGGAGCCUGCAUACAGAGACUCGACCAUCACUGCGUAUGGAUCAACAGCUGUGUGGGGCGGGCCAAUCAUCGCAGCUUCCUGUUGACCCUCCUCCUCUUCCUGGUGACGUCACUGUACGGCAUCGUCCUCGUCCUGCGCACUCUCUGCCCACGGCAACACGUCAUGUUGGCACUGCUUUACUGCCCCGGGGUCUACAGCCAAUACAGCUCUGCGCUGUGCUUCACCUGUGCCUGGUACAGUACCAUCGUCACCUGUGGCCUGUGUCACCUGCUGCUGCUGCAGUUGAUCAAUGUGAGUGUGAACGUGACGGAGCGCGAGGCGCGCAUCGCCCUGAGGGAGCGGAGUGGGAGGAGCCUACUGGGCGGACUGGUCAUCGACACGGGGACGUACUCGCACGGCUUCAGGAACAACUGGGCGGAGUUCCUCACCAUGCACGAAAAGACAGAGGACAGGGUAGCCUCCCCACCACCAACAGAACUGGUGUGACGAGAAGACUGUUCAUGCAUGCGUGUGUGCGUCUGUAUGCGACAAGUGUGUGACCUGUCAUUGAUACUGGACUUCAAAGGGCUUCAAGAACUGGCACCACUUCCUUACUAUGUACCUACAUGUUCCUCACCUUGCACACGGAGGACAGGGCAGCGUCACCACCACCCACCAACAGAGCUGGGGUGACGAGGUGUGCGUGUGUGUGUGUGUGCGCGACUGUGCGUGUGUGUGCGUGUGACUGGUCAUCGAUACCGGACUUCAAAGGGCUUCAAGAACAACUGGGCUGAUUUUCCUCUCCUGAUGUGAGAGGAGCGCGUGCAUGUGUGUGCGUGCAUGUCACCUCUUGGGAUGCCUUGGAGAGGCUGAUGUGAAAGGACCUCAAGAAUCGUGCAGUAGGGUAUUCUAAAGCCAUAUUAGAGCCACCCCCCAACUCCACCCCUCCCUGCCUUUCCCAAACACAGAAUGACGUGCUAAAGCCAUAUUAUAUCAAAAUAUAAAUUAUUUACACCCCCUAAACCUACAAUUAAAAGCCAUAGAUGAUAGGCUACUCUACACACUCCUGGUAGUCUUGCGCCCCGCCUUCUUACCUCUGCUCUCUAGUGUUGUGUUGUGCUAAACAGAUAAAGCGUCCUUCUCAAAAACAACUUCACUACAGACUUCAGACUUAACACUUUAGACUAGAAUUUAGACUACAGACAGUCAGACUCGAGUGAUCAUAUGCAUCAUAUUCCAGAUUCAACAGACUAAGAAACUGUUUACACAUAUGUGGAUAUUUUUGAAAACAAAUUGGUUUUCAGGGAUAAAACACAAUUGUCACAAUGGUUUUAUUUUUAUUCAUAUCGUCUUUAUACAAGAAAUAUUUGCAUUUUAAAAAUAUCUGAAAAUUUGUAACCAGCUCCUCAGCCAUUCAA